GGUGGUCAGCGCUAAUUAGCACAUCAAACUCGAAAAUUACUUUUAAUUAGGACGUUUUCUGUUCAUAUUCCGUCUAGUAACCUGUUGAAAUUUGUCAGAAUAUGCUAAAAUAAGACCGUUUCUAAUAAUAGCGUAACUGUUGGGGGGCUAAUGAAGAAGCCCUUCUGAGAUUUUGCGCUUUUCUUACAUAGCUAAAUACAAAGUAAACACGCAAAAUAGAUUGCCGAGACUUUUUAAGCCUCAAACAAUUUGUUUGAAAUGGUGUGUCUUCUUUCAAUUGUGUCUCCUCAUAUUAAUACAUCCUGAGGAGGAGAACCACAACAACCAAAAGGCUGCUUGUUGUGUGUCCUUGUCUAAAAGUCACUGUGGGAAUUCAGCAAAUCCAGCUGAAAACCGUUCAGCAGCUUCCGCACUUCCCAGUGCCUGAACGCUGCAAGCAAUCAACAUUAAGAUCUCUCACUCCGUGUUAGUGUAAGAGCAGAUUAAAGCAAUAUCCCAAAUACUGCAGGCUGAUCUCUGCUCUGUCCCAAACCGAGCAGCAGCAGCAGUUUCGUCUUUUGGUUGGUGGCAGGAAGGGAACAUGUGGUCACGCAGCGGCCAAUGCUGAGCCCAGAGCAAGCAAUCGGCGGUGUCAGAACAGAGCCAGCAGCGCCUUUCUGUGCAGAAAGAAAUCCCUCUUAAAAAGACAAGAGCAAAAGAGAGGAAGAGGAACAGAGGGAGGGAGGGAGGAUUUGGUUACGGAGCAGAAAAAGAUGAGGAUGCAGAGGGAAGUGGAUGUUGCAGAGGAAGCUGCAGGGAGGUGAAAACAAACAUCACAACAGUCCCAGGAUGUAGGCGCUGAUUGAUCCGAGGGUGUCUGUGAACGCACCGUUACGUCUGAAGACUUGUUGUGUUUCAAGGAUAGUGAAGGUGGAAGGCUGCAACCGGAGAUGCACCCCCGUCUACUCCCACUCAUAGGAUGACAAAUUAGUGUUUACAAAGGCGAAGGAGCGAGGAAUCAAACCCGAGGAUUGCUGCUCUGUUUUCGAAACACGCUGAGCUGUCGGUGUGGAAGAAGCGAGGCUCGACACCUCUUGAUGUGCUGCCGCUAUCCUGGAUCAGAUGUUGUCCACAGCUCAGCAGAUGCUGCAGGACAGCCGCUCCAAGAUUGAGCUGAUCCGACUGCAGAUUAUCAAAGUCACCCAGGCUGGUGGAGGUGGCGGAGAAGAUGGAGGAAACCAAAAGAUCCCUGCUGAUGGAGAAACGUCUCCUGGAGUUGUCAGUACCGUGGAUGCUCGCUUGGCAGAGCUGCAGCACUACAUGCAGAGAGAAACCGAUGCGCUGGCGCUGCACAGAGACGUGGUGAAGCAGCUUCAGGCCAUCUCAGAGCUGGACCAGAACGCUCUGGCUGAGGCUCGAGUUCGGGUGCAGGAAUCCUCGCAGAAGCUUGAACUUCUCCAGUUAUCGCUGGAGAAAUGCCUGCAGGAACAGAACCACGAUUCUCCACGGCCUCCUGCGGAGGCGAUCGAUCCUCUGGAGGGAACGCCGUCGCCUGAAGACCGCAGAUCGUUGCGUCCGCUCCCAACCUCAUCGUCCAUCUUCCCCGUCCGACCUGCAUCACUAACUGGGAAACUUGAACUGAGACUGCUAGGAUGUGAGGAUUUACUGAAACCCCAGUCAGAAUCAGAGCAGGAAAAUCCUUUGGUUUCCUCUGAAAACGGUUCAGCUGUUCCUCCUAAAACUGACGGAUCGCUGACCGAGGUCAGCGCGGUGCUGCGGCUGGAUGGCCGGGUCGUGGGCCGGACGCGCUGGGCUGCAGUCGGUGACCUCAACUGGGAUCAGGUGUUCUACAUCCAGCUGGAGCGGUCUCGAGAGCUGGAGGUUUGCGUGUUCUGGCGGUUCCGGAGGACGAUGUGUGCGGUCAAGAUCCUGCGUCUGGAGGAGUUAAUGGGGAACCCAGACCACAACCAGGGCUUCAAUCUGGAGCCACAAGGCCUCCUCCACAUCCAGUUUCAGUUCAUCGACACCGUGGUGGAGCGGCAGCCUAAACUGAGACGUCAGCGAUGCAUUUUCACAAAAGAGAGAGGAAAGAAUUUCCUCCGAGCUGCUCAGAUGAACAUGAACUUUGCCACCUGGGGCCAUCUCAUGAUGAGCAUCCUCCCUCACUACAGCUCCUUCGCCACUUUCAGCUCGCAUCUCUCCACAACGUCGGAACUGAUCGGACACAGUCCUCCGAAUCCGACGGAAAAGAAGCCUGAUCCGACAUCUUCACUGCCAAGCGAAACUCCGCUAAUUAGACUGAGUGUCACUGAGGACCAUCCGCCUCCCAUCGACAUCAAGCAGCAAGAAAACAUCAUCACUAAAGAAGAGAAGACAUCAUCAGUGCCUGCACUGCAAGAAAAACUGAUUUCCAUACACCCAGCUUCCAGUCCAAACACCGGAGAAGAAUGUGAGGAUCAGCCCGUAUCUCCUCUGAAGAUGAAGGUUGAAGAUUUUAAAUAUACUUCAGUUCUGGGAAGAGGACACUUUGGAAAGGUGCUACUGGCCGAAUUCAAGAAGACAGGACGACUGUACGCCAUUAAAGCCUUGAAGAAACGAGACAUUGUGACUCGUGAUGAAGUGGACAGCCUUAUGAGCGAGAAGCGGAUCUUUGAGAUGAUCAAUGCCUCCAGACACCCCUUCCUCGUCUACCUUCACGGCUGCUUCCAGACCGCUGAUCACGUCUGUUUUGUCAUGGAGUAUCUACCCGGCGGGGACCUGAUGAUCCACAUCCACACUGACGUCUUCUCAGAAGCUCAGACCAGGUUCUACUCCGCUUGUGUCCUGCUGGGUUUAGAGUUCCUCCAUCUGAAUAAAAUCAUCUACCGAGAUCUGAAGCUGGAUAACAUACUCAUGGAUGCUGAGGGAUUUGUUAAAAUCACAGACUUUGGACUUUGUAAAGAAGGGAUGGGCCAUGGAGAUCAAACCUCGACCUUUUGUGGGACUCCAGAGUUUCUCGCCCCAGAGGUUCUGACUGACGACACCUACACCCGCGCUGUGGACUGGUGGGGGAUGGGCGUCCUAAUUUACGAGAUGCUAGUUGGAGAGUCUCCGUUUCCUGGUGAAGAUGAAGAAGAAGUCUUUGACAGCAUCGUAAAUGACGAUGUGCAGUAUCCAGCGUCUCUUCCCACUGAUGCCGUCUCCAUCAUGCAGAAGCUGCUGAAGAAGAACCCGUUGAAACGUCUCGGAGGCGGAGAGAGAGACGCAAACGAGGUCAAAGGAGAUCAAUUCUUUGAGACUAUCGACUGGGAAGCCCUGAUGGCCAGGAAGUUAACGCCGCCGUUCAUGCCAUCGAUCAAAGAGCCCACAGAUGUCAGCAACUUUGACAGCGACUUCACUCGACUCCAGCCGGUCCUGUCUCCGCCCUCCAAGCCCUUCAGCCUCUCGGCGGAGCAACAAGAGGCUUUUGCAGACUUUGACUUCUGUGCUUUGCAUGGUUGAGCAAAGUACUGGAGACUCCGGGGGAAAAUUAUUAGCGCCAAUUUCUCGGCAUUACUGCCGACAGCCGGUAGCAAACCAGUACCAAAUAUGCAUGUUGCCAAGUAUAAUCAUCAACCAGUGUUGACUUCAGUAGUAGAGUUUGCAAGAACACUGAUGUUAUUUGUUCUAGCGCUGCAUUAGCUGGUCAAUACGGAGGACGAUUAGGGCCAGUAGCAGAGGUCGCGCUAACGGAAUAUUUUCUGUAUUUGACCGGUUAUUUUUUUAAACGACGAGAAAAUUUUAAGCCUGUCAGUCAUUGACAGGUAAUAAUUCACACUCUUGACUGGUGCACAUUCGCAGACAUUAUAGACUUUACGCAAAGUGUUUAUUGCGGAGGCAACUAAAAUCAAUCAAUAAAAAAACGUAACAUCUGUCUGUUUCGGGGAAGCGAAACCAGGCAAAAAAAAUCCUUGUAAAAGCGCAAGCCCGGACCGAGCACAGGGUGAAAAAUUGUUCAAUUGAUCGGUUUGGAUCAGACCCAACUGACCAAUGAACCAGCGCAGAUUUCUCUGUAGAUGCAACCAGGAGGAAUUUGAGAGGCUGUGCGUUCAGACCGCAGCGGGUGACGUGCUGGUAAUUUACAUGAAAUUGCUUAAUUUAAUUUAUUGUAAGUUAUUGGGGCCACAGUCAGUGGUUUUUGUCACGGAGAAAAAGUUAGAUGAUUUAAUCUGCGUUAUGUGUGAUUGGAUCUGGAUUCACGGUUCAACUAGGUGAAUAUUAACUAAACCGCAUAAAAAUGCGUCUAAAUAGCUGAUGUUAAUGUGAUUAUAAAAAUGCUGUCGGUCAAAAUGAUGGGGAACAAAAAAGCCUAGCGCGACCUCUGGCUAGUAGAAAAAAAUAAUUCAAAAUCAUGAGUUUAAGGUGAAUAUUUUCAGAUUAAAGUCAAAAUUCUGAUAUUAAAGUCAGAAUUUUUAAUUUAAAACCAGAAUUCUGAGAUCUAAGUGAACAUUCUGAAAAACAAGUAAGACUUUUUUUUUUCUCCCAGUGGCCCUAAUGUUCUUCCGUAUGUUAAUAUUUCAGUGAAAUGGUGUAAAGUUAAUCCUCACUGUCAGCCCUUUACAAAGCCUCGUCUUGGACUCUGGUAACCUCUGUUCUUGAUUGUUACCAUUUAGACCUCAAUGACUGAUUAUAGAAGAUAAAUUAGGCAUAGCCCAGCUGAAAGUGCUAUUGAUCUGUUUUGACAAGCAGGACUUUCAUCUUUUAAAUCAGUUUAAAUCUCACUGGAUCACAUUUAAAGAAAUCUCCUGUCCCAGUGUUGACAGCAUCUUUGAAUGAAGCGGCUCAGUCAUUUACAGACAAGAAAAAGCUAACGAUGCGAAAACGCUCAGUGGGCGCGCAGUCAACAGCAAGCUGUCGAUGAGACCUGCUCCCACAUCACCGUCCUGCAGAUGCAGAAGAAAUCCCAGAGGUUGCAGAAAACGCCGCGGUCGAACGGGUUCUCCUCGCCGCCGUAGUUCUUCAGGUAGGAGAUCCGGUGGCGGGACAUGA